AUGUCUUCUUCUCCAGCGAAGAAACACAAAUUUGAGAGCACAAAAAACCCUAAUUGGGUUGAACUUCCAAAAGAUAUAACAUCAAACAUACUUCAAAGGCUUAAUACAGUCGAAAUUCUAACAAAAACACGCUAUUACGCUGUUGAUCUAAGUUCUGGCCAUUUAGAAAAAAAUGAUAUUUAUUGUUUUGCCACCGAUGAUCUUCUCCAAUACAUUGCUGGUAGGGCAAGUAACUUAAGGUGCUUACAACUUGAUUCAUGCGAUAGAAUAUCAUAUGAAGGGUGGUGCGAAUUUGUAAAGAAAUUUCCCCUGUUAGAGGAGAUUUACAUUUCAUAA